GUAACAAUUGCAAAACUACAAUCCAAAAAAUGGCAUUGCCUAAUACAGUAGUAGAUUCCACCACCCAAGAGCUGCUAGAAGCUCAAUCUCAUGUGUGGAAUCUAACAUUCAGCUUCAUAAAUUCAAUGUGCCUAAAAUCAGCUCUUGAAUUAGGCAUUCCCGAUGCCAUCCACAAACACAACAAACCCAUCACAAUCUCCGAAUUAGCCGACGCCCUUUCCAUCCCCAAAUCCAAAUCUCACGCCCUCUUCCGCCUAAUGCGCGUCCUCGUCCAUUCCAAGGUCUUCGCCAAGGCGGGAGAGGACGCGUACGCGCUAACAGGGACUUCUCGUCUCCUUCUGCGAGACGAGCCCUUGAGCUUCUCCCCUUUCGCACUAUCCAUGGUCGAUCCGGUUGUGGUGGAUUCGUUCCACCACGUGACGGAUUGGCUCAGGGACGACGACCCGUCGUCCCUGAGCCCGUUCUUCCUCAAGAACGGGAAAACUCCUUGGGAGUUCGCGGGGGAGGACGAGAAGUGGAACCGAAUGUUUAAUGAUGGGAUGGCUAGUGACGCGAGGCUCCUUGGAGGCGUUCUUAUUGAGAAGUGUAAGCAUGUUUUUGAAGGUUUGGCAACUGUGGUCGACGUGGCGGGUGGGACCGGGGCAGUUGCGAAGGCGGUUGCGGAGGCCUUCCCUGGUUUGAAGUGUGUGGUGCUUGACCUCCCGCAUGUGGUUGAGGGGCUUCAAGGCUCUGAGAAUCUCAGAUUUGUUAGUGGAGAUAUGCUUCACUUUAUUCCUCCUGCUGACGCAGUUAUACUCAAGUGGAUACUUCACGACUGGAGUGACGAAGAAUGUAUUAAAAUUCUGAAAAAUUGCAAAGAAGCAAUAACUUCAAGCAAAGAAAAUUGUGGAAAAGUGAUUAUUGUGGAUAUGGUUGUGGAUUUGGAGAAACAAGAAGAAAAGGGCAUUGAAACACAACUAUAUUUUGAUGUGCUGAUGAUGGCGGGGCCUGCUGGAAAAGAGAGAACUGAAAAAGAGUGGGCUAAGCUUUUUAAUAAUUCUGGCUUUCAAAAUUAUAAGAUCACUCCUAUUUUAGGAUUGAGGUCGGUCAUUGAACUAUUUCCCUAAUGCUUCUUGGUUUUCGAAAUUGCAAGAUUUCUCCUAUUUUAGGAUUGAAUUUUGGAAUUGAUGUGUAUUUUCUUAAUGGUUGUUUAUGUUAAAUUAAAUUUUAUUUUGGUAA